AUGGUGUCCUCUGCAUUCAACAAUACCAACCUCCAAGACAUCAAGUACAUUCUGAUUGGUAUCCCAGGACUGGAGGACUCACACACUUGGAUCUCUGUUCCCAUUUGUUCCAUGUACCUUGCAGCCAUUAUGGGCAAUAGCUUCUUGAUCAUCCUUAUCAUCACUGAACACAGCCUCCAUGAGCCUAUGUACCUGCUUCUCUCUAUGCUGGCCCUGGCAGAUGUCUUGCUCUCCACAACCACAGUGCCUAAAAUGCUAGCCAUUUUCUGGUUCCACUAUGGUACUAUCUCCUUUGGCAGCUGUGUGGCUCAAAUGUUUUUCAUCCAUCUCAUCUUUGUGGCAGAAUGCAUUCUGCUGGCCAUGGCAUUUGAUCGUUAUGUGGCUAUAUGUUACCCACUAAGAUAUACCACCAUUCUUACCCCUUCAGUCAUUGGGAAGAUUGGGGUGGCAGUUGUGGUUAGGAGUUUUCUCAUCUGCUUUCCUUUCAUCUUUCUGGUGUACCGGCUUACUUACUGUGGACAAAACAUCAUUCGCCACUCCUAUUGUGAACACAUGGGCAUAGCUAGGUUGGCCUGUGACAACAUCAAAGUUAACAUCAUCUAUGGCCUAACCAUGGCCUUGUUGUCUACAGGUCUGGAUGUUUUGCUUAUCAUUGUCUCCUAUUCGUUGAUUCUCCAUGCUGUCUUCAACAUACCUUCCUGGUCUGCCAGGCUUAAGGCUCUUAACACCUGUGGCUCCCAUAUCUGUGUGAUCCUCCUGUUCUACACUCCAGCCUUCUUUUCCUUCUUUGCUCACCGCUUUGGAGGAAAUACCAUUCCCCGGCACAUCCACAUCCUAGUGGCCAACCUCUAUGUGGUGGUGCCUCCCAUGCUCAACCCCAUCAUUUAUGGAGUAAAGACAAAGCAAAUUCAGGACAGGGCAGUUCAGGUCUUCUCCUCCAUUAGGACAUGUUGUUAA